AUGAGCAUUGUGUUCUAUCGAUGCGUUAAGAGCGGUUAUUAUUGGUUCGAUAAGAGCUCGGCCGCUGACCGGCCUUCACACUUCGAGUUGCGCUUGCGACUGCUCGACCUCGCUGUCCGUCUCAGGCUGACCAAGCUAACAAGCACAGCUAUAAACUACGACUUAUUACGACUCGCCUUAAAUACGAAACGAUUAUACGUUUCAUUUAAGUGUGACAUCACAAUUGCCAAGAUCACCUACAGCCGUCUAACAAGACAACAUGGACUUUUUGUUUCUUUGGCUAGUGACCUUCGUGCUAGGGUUUUGGAUAAAUAA